AUGUAGUAAUAAUUAAAAAUAAAAGAUAGAGAAAAAGUAGAAUUAUAUUUCUCAGGUAGAGGUUUGGCUGACAAGGAUUUAUUAUCUAAAAGUGAUCCUUAAUGUUAUAUUUAUUUAAAGCAAGGUUAAGAUGGAGAAGAAAAAUUAAUUGGUAAAACUGAAGUUAGAGAUAAUAACCUAAAUCCUGAUUGGAAAGUAUGUCUUUUUAAAUGAUUAUAGACUUCAGUAGUAUUAGACUUUAUAUUUGAAAUACAUUAGUUUCUAAAAAUAGUUGUGAUGGAUCAUGAUGGAAAGAAAAUUGAAGAUGAUGAUAUAAUUGGUACUUUGAAUGUAAGAUUUAUAUUUCAAAAUAAAUUAGACCACUGUUGGUUCUGUAAUGGGAUCCAAAAAUUAAAUUUAUAUAGGAUAAUUAACUCAUAAUAAUAAAAAAACAGGCAGACUAAUAAUCAAGGCUGAUAAAAGGAAAGAGAUUGGAGACACAAAUGAAAUGAUUUUCUGGUAAUGGCAUGCUACUAAAGUAAAAAAUAUGGAUGGAUGGUUUGGUGUAUCUGAUCCAUUUCUAAGAUUUCUUAAGUGGCAUUAAAAUAGUGAUUGGUUAUUAGUACAUGAAACAGAAUUCAUCAAAAAUAAUGAAAAUCCUAUUUGGAAACCAUUUGAAAUACCUCAUGAUAAAUUACAUGACGAGAAUCCAUAAUAGCCAUUUAAAAUUGAACUUUGGGACAACCAAACAAAUGGAAAACAUCAAUUCAUUGGAGCUAUUGAAGUUACAAUCGAAUAAAUUGUUUUUAAAGAAAUACAUUAAUUUAUAGUGAAAACACCAAAAGGAGUAACUUUUUUGUAUUAUUUUUAUUCUCUAGGAAUUUGGUGGGAAUUUAGGAGUUAAAUUUAUUGAGAAACCUACUUUUAUUGAUUAUUUAAAAGGAGGAGAUUAAAUUAAUCUUCUUAUAGCAAUUGAUUUCACAGGUUCUAAUGGAGAUCCUUCAUCUUCAUUAUCAUUACAUUAUAAUGAUCCUAACAAUUUAAAUUAAUAUUAAAAUGCAUUAAAAUAAGUAGCAGAAAUUUUAUUAAAUUAUGAUUAUGAUAAAAAAGUACCAGUUUUUGGAUUUGGUGGAAUACCAUCUUUACCAAAAUUUAAAAAGAGUUCAGUUGAUAAUUGGUAAAAACUAUCUAUUUUAUCAAUAGCUUUCCUUUAAAUGGAAACUAAUCUGACCCAGAAGUAUUUGGCUUGGAUGGAAUUAUGAAUACUUAUCAAACAGCCCUUAAUCAUAUAGAUUUAAGUGGUCCAACUAUUUUUGGGCCAGUGAUUGAAAAUGCUCUUUCAAUUGCUAAGGCAAAUAUCAAAAAAGAUAUUUAUUCAGUUUUAUUAAUUAUGACUGAUGGAUAGAUUGAUGAUAUGAAUCAUUGUUUAUAACUUAUAAAAAAAGCUUAUCAAUUACCCUUAUCUAUUAUUAUUGUAGGUGUUGGACAUGCUAAUUUUAAAAUGAUGGAAUAAUUAGAUGGAGAUAAUGAAUAACAUGAAAGAGAUCUUGUGUAAUUUGUCCCUUUUGUUCAACAUUCUUAAAUCCCAGGAGAUUUAGCUAAAGAACUAUUAGCAGAAUUACCUGAUUAAUUUUUGAGAUAUAAAUAGUUGAUUGGUAAGUAUCCUAAUCCACCUAAAGAUAUUGAUCUCAGCAAAAUUUAAUGA